AUGAUGCGAAGCGUGUUGUCGUCCGUGGGGAGCCGGGCCUCGGGAGUCACCAAGUUGCUCGACACCUCCAAGCUCGCCGCUCCGACCUGCGUGUCCGUUUCCCGACGCGAUUUCACUCGUCACGAAAUCCCCGACAAGCUCAAGGACAUGCCCGAGCUGGCCAACCCGUCCUUUUUCGACAUGGUAGAGUAUUUCUUUCACCGAGGCUGGCAAGUGGUGGAAGAGAAGCUGGUCGACGAGAUGUCAGGCAAGGCCUCGCGCGACGCCAAGUUCGAGCGUGUCCAGGGCACGCUCAACAUCAUCAGGCCGUGUCACCACAUCCUGGAGAUCAACUUCCCGAUCAAGAGAGACGACGGGAGCUAUCAGGUCAUCCAGGGGUUCCGAGCCCAGCACAGUAUUCGUUACUCGAUGGACGUAUGCGCAGACGAAGUCAAGGCCCUGUCGGCGCUCAUGACGUUCAAAUGCGCUGUAGUCGACGUGCCUUUCGGCGGAGCCAAAGCCGGCAUCAAAAUCAAUCCCCGCGAAUAUUCCGAGGAAGAAUUGGAGAAAAUCACGCGUCGAUUCACCCUGGAAUUGGCCAAGAAGGGAUUCAUCGGACCGGGCAUCGACGUGCCGGCCCCGGACAUGGGCACUGGAGAGCGAGAAAUGUCUUGGAUCGCUGACACGUAUGCCAACACAGUCGGACACCUUGACAUCAACGCCCACGCGUGUGUCACAGGCAAACCCAUCAAUCAGGGUGGGAUUCACGGCAGAAUUUCCGCUACUGGACGAGGCGUGUUCCACGGGCUGGAGAACUUCAUUAUGGAGGCCUCGUACAUGAGCAUGAUUGGAACGACACCUGGUUGGGGCGAGAAAACAUUCAUUAUUCAGGGAUUCGGUAAUGUAGGCUUGCACACCAUGCGGUAUCUGCACAGAGCGGGCGCCACAUGUAUUGGAAUAGUGGAGCAUGACGGUGCCAUUUUUAAUCCUCACGGAAUCGAUCCUAAAGAGCUGGAGAACUACCACAUAGAGAACAAGACCAUCGUGGGCUUCCCUGCUGCUCAGGCGUACGAAGGUGGUCAGGAUCUCAUUUUCGAAAAGUGCGACAUCUUCGUGCCGGCUGCUAUUGAACAAGUCAUCACCAAGGACAACGCACAUAGGUUGCAGUGCAAGAUCAUUGCCGAAGCUGCCAACGGUCCGACGACUCCAGCAGCGGACAAAAUUUUGUUGGAAAAGAAUAUUCUCGUCAUUCCGGACAUGUAUGUGAAUGCUGGUGGUGUGACAGUCUCGUACUUUGAAUGGCUGAAGAAUCUGAAUCACGUUUCAUACGGGAGACUGACUUUCAAGUAUGAGAGAGAAUCAAACUACCACUUGCUGGAAUCCGUCCAGGAAUCCUUGGAGCGUCGCUUCGGACGUGUUGGUGGCAAAAUCGACAUUACGCCAUCGGAAGCUUUCAGCAAACGCAUCGCUGGUGCAUCAGAAAAGGACAUCGUCCACUCAGGUCUCGACUACACCAUGGAACGGUCAGCCAGGGCGAUCAUGGCAACUGCGAUGAAGUACAACUUGGGCCUGGACUUGCGCACAGCUGCGUACGUCAACUCCAUCGAGAAGAUCUACAACACAUAUCGUCAAGCCGGCCUCACUCUGUCUUAAUUUUUCAGUCGGUGUUAUAUUAUCAUUUUCUGGUUCUUCUUUCCUUGCCUUCACUUCCCACUUUUAUUCCUUUUGAAUACGUUCCGAUUCCUUUGAUUUAUCGUAUCGGAAGAGCAAAGAGAAAGGAAUUAUUACAGUGAUGAUGCUCAGUCGAACUUCUAUAAAUGAGUCGCUGGCCGCAUUGGUGCAAUAUAUUUUUUCGGGAUGCCGUCCUUUUCCUUCGCCGACUUGAUUUGGCUUAACAUUCGUUUUUUUUGGCAUAGCUUGAUAGAUAAAUAUUUUAAAGACACACUCUUGCUUCUAAUAACACUUCAUCAGUUUCGAAAAUGCCGCUGAUUCCAUAUUAUUAUUAUUUGCUGGUCUGCGGGAAAAUUUUGUCUGCUUGAUAAAUGUAUCAAAAGUAGUAAUGGAGUCGGUUAUCAUUGUCAGACGUUUUGGAAGGACAAUUGCAGUUGAAAUUAUGUGAUGAAGAAUUAAAAUAAGCUUUUUUCCUAAAAACACUUCAGACAAAUUUUCACCAGCUGAAAUAGAUUAUUACAAUUUUUCUUUCUGAGAAACCUUUCUUCAAGCCCACCUUUCUAAUUUUUG